AUGUCUGUCACGCCCGCCGUCAUGCGUCGGCUCAUGCGCGAGCUCACCGAGCUUCGCACCAAUCCGCCUGAGGGCAUCCGCGUUGUCACUAACGAGGAGAAUAUGCUUGAUGUUACCGGUAUAAUUGCUGGACCGGAGGGGACACCAUACGCCGGUGGCUACUUCCGUGUCAAGUUCAGGUUUACUGAGGAGUUCCCGGCCGCGCCACCAAAGUGCUGGUUUGCCACGAAGAUUUUCCAUCCGAACGUGUCUGGCGCAGGAGAGAUUUGUGUCAACACCUUGAAGAAGGAUUGGAAGAGCGAAUAUGGAAUCGGCCACAUACUUGUCACUGUCAAGUGUUUGCUCAUCUACCCGAACCCGGACUCUGCAUUGGACGAGGAGGCAGGAAAGUUGCUGCAGGAGAACUAUGAGAGCUAUUGCGCUCGCGCGAAGCUCAUCACGAGUGUACAUGCGACACCAAAGGCUCCUCCGCCCGAAUUUGCCAACUCGGCAUCCACCUCCACGCCCGCGCCACCCGCACACACCGUCGUUUCUGUACCCUCAGCCGGCGCACCCAAGUCCAAGUCUGCUGUCACGGUAUCACAUGGGCAACCACUGCAACAGUCAGCAUCAAAUACUCUGGCCAUCGCCGACCCGCUGGCUGCCAUGGAGAAGGAGAAGAACGGGACAAGCGCCCGCGCCAGUCCCGCACCACUCGGCAACUCGGACUCUACGAAUGUGGCUGUGGCACCCAAGGCCGUCAAGCGCGGCGCGACGACCGGCGUUGUCGGCGCCGAAAAGCGCAAGAAGGCGUUGAAGCGCCUGUAG